AUGGCUGUAAAAUAUCUAGUUGUACUUGUAUGCGCAGUGCUUGCAAUGUUUCUAAACAAUCUUGUCAGUUGUGUGCAGGAGGGACUUGUUUCCCUUUAUAACUUAUAUUUUGGACGGGACGUCGCCGUGACCUUGUUUCGGAUUGAUGAGGCAUUGGUGUGCGAGAGACCAGUCGUCACCCCUGCAAACACCGCCAGUUGGUGGACAGGAGGAAUUCCUCUUGUUGCCGUUGUCGCUGGCGGAGCAGCUUGUCUGACCUCUCUCGCACUCGCCACUUGGAAGAUCCGACGUCACGAGGCAACCCGGAAACAACUGCUGGAAGAGGCGGAAGAUCUCCGGAGGGAAAACACUUGUGUUGUUGCUGAAUUCAGGAAGCGCGAGCAGGAGCUGAUAAGCAAGAACGAAGAAUUGGAUGCAGAACUGCAGCGAUUUAAGGAAGACAAUUAUGUUCUGGAAGAAAAGCUACUGGGCAUGGAAAGGCUCCUCGAGGAAAGUAGGCAUAGCAAAGAAGAUUUAAUGACUACUUAUGACUAUGUGAUUGUGGAUAAGGAACGUCAAAUUGAAGAAUUGUUGGCCCAGGAAGAAAAAAAUAAGGAAGAUUAUGCUCACCUGGAAAGAAAAUUACUCGACUCCCUUAGCAACAAUGAGGAAAUGGAAAGACGGAUGAAGGAUGCAGCAGAACUCUCAAUUUAUCAUCAAACUCUAAUUGAGGGAAAAGAUGAACAAAUCCAGGUUUUGCUGGCUAAGGAAGACGAAUUUAAAGAGGCCUGUGAUCGUCUGGAGAGAAAUCUGCUUGAGGCCCUCAGCAGGAACGAGGACAUGGAAAUGCUCUUGGACGAAAAAGAGCGUGAAAAGAAAGAAUUGAAUAAUCUUUUUGACAACCUGAUUGAGAAGAAAGAUAAUCAGAUCAAAGAUUUUUCGGUGCAGGAAGCUGAAAUGAAGAAGGUUUGUGAGCUUUUAGAAGGAAAAUUACUUAACGCUGUCAAAAGCAAGAUGGACGUACAACAGCACCUGAAGGAGAAGGAGGAACAGCUCACAACUUGUCAAACUGAGAUCGAGGUAAAGGAUGAAAAAAUACAGGCUUUGUUGUCUAAAGAAGAUGAAAUGCAUGAGGCCUGUGAGCUUUUAAAACGAAAAUUACAUAAUGCCCUUAGUAAUAAGGACGACAUGGGAAGGCUGCUGAAGGAGAAGGAGGAUGAAAAGACUGAGUUAGUAGUUUAUUGUGAAACUCAAAUUCAGGAGAUAGAAAAGGUCCUCAAGAUGGAGAAAGAGCAAAACUUGGAGCUGACAAAUAAUUAUGAAGAAACGGUCGAGGACUUGUUUGUUUCCUGCAAAGAUUUGUUGGCAAAAGAAGUUGCACUAAAGGAAGAAAGAGAAUAUUUGGCAGUAAAACUAGAAGAGGCCCUAAAUACAGUGGAGGAAUUGGAAAAGCUUCUAAAGAAAGAAAAAGAUGAAAAGCUUGAGCUGACAAUUAAUUAUGAAGAAAUGGUCGAGGACGUGUAUGCUUCCUUCAAAGAUUUGUUGGCAAAGGAAGUUGCACUAAAGGAAGAAAAAGAAUAUUUGGCAGUAAAACUAGAAGAGGCCCUAAAUACAGUGGAGGAAUUGGAAAAACUUCUAACGAAAGAAAAAGAUGAAAAGCUUGAGCUGACAAUUAAUUAUGAAGAAAUGGUCGAGGAUGUGUAUGCUUCCUUCAAAGAUUUGUUGGCAAAAGAAGUUGCACUAAAGGAAGAAAAAGAAUUUUUGUCAGAAAAACUAGGAGAGACCCUUAAUACAGUGGAGGAAUUGGAAAAGCUCCUAAAGAAAGAAAAAGAUGAAAAGCUUGAGCUGACAAUUAAUUAUGAAGAAACGGUCGAGGACGUGUAUGCUUCCUUCAAAGAUUUGUUGGCAAAAGAAGUUGCACUAAAGGAAGAAAAGGAGCUAUUGGAAAAAGAACUCAAGGACUUGCUGGUGAAGAAAGAAAAACUGGAAAAUAGUAAAGAGUCCUUGGAAGAUAAAUUAGAAGAGGCCCUCUGUUGCAGUCACCGAAUGGAGAAGUUGUGGAAAGAGGAACAAGAGUUGAAACUAACAAUGGAAGUUAAGUGGCAACAAGCAAUGAAGGAAAAGGAGGAAGAACUGAACAUGUGGAGGCAAAAAUGUGAGGAAUCUGAUGUGAAAGAAAGAUUGAGAGAGAGAACUGAGAAACAGAACCUAGAGAAGCUGCAAGAACUCACAGAAAAAUGUGAAGAGUUACAAAAGAAAUGUCAGGCAGCGGAGGAAGAUAAGGCAAAGGAGGAACUAAGCAACAGAGAAUGGCGAAGAAAGCAGGCAGAAGCUCUGAGGAAGCAAGAUAAAUUCUUGUUGAUGAGGCUUUUCAACGGAAUUACUCACAGAAAUAACCUGUUAGAAAAUACAGAAAAGGAAGAGGGUGAAAGAAAUGAACAAGAAAAUUUAAGUCACCAGGAGUACUGCUGUGACCAAGAUGAAAAAAGAGGAUACUUAAAAAAUCAGUGGUCAGCAGUAAAUAAUAUUGUGGAGGAUAUUUUAAAAGGACAAAGUAGUGCUGAAAAGAGCUCUAGCAGCAUGGCUGGGACAUCUGCCACUGAGGAUGGAAACUGUUGGUCACCAAGAGAUGCAGCAGAUUAA